AUGCUUUUGCGUCUCUGCGUCAUUGCAACCCUUUUUGUCACCCAAGGCGUAGCUGUUCCCACUUCUCCAGCUACAAGAGACACAAAUGGAGAAGGACUCCUAGUCCAAACCUCCAGCGGCCCUAUACAAGGCUUCUUCAAUCAGACAGCUCCUGAUGUUCGACAAUUCCUUGGUGUUCCAUUUGCAGAGCCACCAGUUGGUGACCUCCGCUUUAGCAGUCCCGUGAAGAAACAGCCUAAUGGUACCGUCAAUGCUUUUGCACUGCCCUCAUCAUGUAUCCAGCAGACAAGCAAUAGCUCUACAAUCUACACCACCUAUGAAACGGGGUUUCUCAUCAGUGGAGGGGACUCAGAGGACUGUCUAUACCUGUCAAUCUGGGCACCUCGUAUUGAGAACAUUCAAUCUCAACAGCGUCCGCUGCCAGUGCUGCUUUACAUCCCCGGAGGUGGGUUCACGAGUGGAGGGGAAGCGUCGCUGUACAAGAUCCCCGACAAAUGGGUGCAACGGACGCAGUCCCACAUCGUGGUGAUCAUGAACUAUCGCGUCAAUGUGUUUGGCUUCCCCAACGCGGAAGGGCUGUCCGAGCAGAAUGUCGGCUUCCUCGACCAAAGAAUGGCCAUUGAAUGGGUAGCAGCCAACAUCGCCAACUUCGGCGGUGACCCCGCGCGAAUCGCCCUGUGGGGUCAAUCCGCCGGAGCAGGCAGCGUGACAGCCUACUCAUACGGAUAUCCUGAAGACCCCAUUGUAGCCGCUCUCAUAGCCGACUCAGGUGCCCCAGGUAUAAUAGACAACGACGACUACGCACACACCAACUUCACAUUCCUAGCCAGUCUCGUAGGCUGCGAUGAACUAUCAUCCACUGAAGAACUCAGCUGCAUGCGGAACGUAUCCGCCCGAAAGCUACAAACCGCUCUCUCAACAUACUCGGGCUCGCCAUCUAUAUCAUUCAAGCCAGCCAUCGAUAACAAGACCGCUUUCGCGAACUGGACCCAGCGUGCAGUCGAAGGCAAAAUUGCCAAAAUCCCCUUAAUAACAGGAAGCAACACCAACGAAGGCGCCGGUUUCGUCUCAUUCACCCCAACCGGGCCCAGCAAAUCCACACUUUUCAACAUAACCGAAUCAAUCAUUGCCUGCCCCGUCGCAGACGAAGUCAAGAACCGCAACCUCGCAAACCUCACCACCUACAGGUACCAAUACGCAGGCAACUUCUCCAACAUCUCCCCGUUGCCUUGGUUCGGAGCCUACCAUAGCUCGGAGCUCCCUCUUCUCUUCGGUACGCAUUAUGAGUAUGGUGGGCCCUCUACGCAGUAUGAGUGGGACGUGAGUUACGCGAUGGAAGCGCUGUGGCUUUCAUUUGCGGAGGAUCCGUCGCGGGGGCCGGUGCGGCUGGCUGUUGGGAAUGCGGCAGCAAAUCCGAAUAAUGGGAGUUAUUUUGCUUGGCCAGCUUUUGAGCAGGGGUCGGAUAAUUUGUUGGUUUUUGCAGAAGGAGAGAAAAUGAUGCAGUUGGUUGGGGCGGGGAGGAUUGAUGAUUAUUGUUGA